AUGAGUGAGAAUGGAGUGUUAGAGGAGGAAGAAUCCUACGUGGCUCACGUAGACGAGAGAUCAGAGUGGGAUAUUUAUCCACAAACAAUGUACAAAUUUGAGCACAAUUCAACUAAAGUUGGAAGAGGUUUGAUUUUUAGGUUAUCAGAUGAAAUACUCGAAAGAAGAGUAAAGACUUACGCUGUUAGUGGCAUGAGAAUCACUGUAUGCGGUGUUAUUUUAUCACAUAGAAAGGGAUUUCCAUAUGUUCUUUUGCUAAAGAGAGAUUUGGAUAAAAGUGUUGGAUUAUUAGGGGGGAAAUGUAAAAGCUUCGAGAAUCCCAAAGAAGCCUUAUCAUCUAAACUAGCAAGAUUCAUAACAUCAACCAAACACAAACAUCAAUUAAACAUCAAAGACACCAUGGAAAAUAUCCAUGUUGGAGAAUUGUUGGCAGACUUUUGGCGGUGUGACUUCAAUACAGAGCCACUCCCAUAUCUACCAUUGCAUACAAAUAGACCCAAAGAAAAAAUUUCAUUAUACCAGGUUAUCCUCCCAGAGAAUUGUAAAAUUAGUGUACCUAAAGGUUAUAAUUUAAAAUUCGUCCCGUUAUAUGACUUUUAUAAUGCAGAAUUCGGGUUAUCAUUGGCAUCUCUACCUCACCUCUUAAGCAGAUUCAAAAUAUCAUACUUGUCAACUGACUGA